AUGCCGAUUAUUUCGCGGUUUCCUUUCGGUGACGAAGUAGCAGUCGACAUAAACACGGAGGUGCAAACUGACCAACCUCCCGGGACUUCCUUCUCGCAGACCGUCAGCUUCAGCAGUGUUUAUGAUGCCUACGAGAAAGAUCACAGUCUGACGCUGCUUGAAAAACAGAAGGAAGUGGAUAAGGAACAAGGUCACGACAUCAUGGUGGGAAUCAUACAAAGACGUAUUAGUCUCACUCUUGCAACAACAAUGACACCGCCACUUGCCGAAGACCCAGACAAACCUUCCUUCAACCUGCCAGGGCUUCAUCAGGCUGCCAUGAUACUGGAGAGGAUGGUCAACCAAAAUAUCUACGAUGAUAUAAUCCAAGACUUCAUGUACUGGGAAGACGGAGGUGAUGACUACCAUCCCCUGGAAGGUUCACUGCUGCCACUCUGGAAGUUUGCCACAGACACCAGCAGAUCUCUGGUCGUCUCUGAUGUCUGCUGGAGCCCUGUUUACCGUGACCUCUUUGCUGCCUCUUACACUACUGGUGAGGUGGAUGGGGCUGAGGAGGGAGGAAUGGUUUGUUUAUUUACACUGAAGAAUCCCAGCACUCCUGAGAGAACGUUUCGCUCUCAGUGUGGAGUGACUUGUGUCCACUUUCAUCCUAAGUACGGCAGCAUGGUUGGUGCUGGGUGGAGUGAUGGUACUGUGGUUGUCUAUGAUGUUAGUUCUCUACAGUCUCCUCUUACCAUCUACUCCUCUCCUGUCAACGGCAAGCAUCUCCUUCCUGUUACUCGGGUGCGGUGGGUAGAGACAGAUGUGGAGGCUGGACUGAGUCUGUUCUCUGUAUCAUUGGAUGGUCGAGUGACGCAGUGGCAAGUGACAACGUCGGCUCUCCUGCCCUCUGGUGUCCUUGACUUCACCUCGGAUGGUCUACCUACCUUCAACCGACGCCACUCUGCGGCUGCCCGCGCCCGAUUUCAUGGUAAGGGGACUUGCAUAGCCUUUAAACCGGAUGAUGUGUCGGAGGUAUUGGUGGGUGUGGAUAAUGGAUGUGUCUACCAGAUGUCUACCUCAUGUCCCACCUACACCCUGACCCGCUACCCCGCCCAUACUGCCUCCGUCAGGGCCAUCGCCUGGAACAACCACCACCACCAGGUCUUCAUCUCCUGUUCAUUAGACUGGACAGUCAAAAUCUGGCUUCAGUAUUACCUUUCCUCCGAAGCCAGAUUUGAGCCAAUACCGAUGAAUGAUGAUGUCGUGAGCGACACUUCCUCCCCAACCCUGAACCCAGCCGGACCAGAGGGUAAUCAAAACUCCUCCACAUACCCCUGGCAGGGAUCCUCCACCACCGCUACUCCCCAAAUCCAACAUGACACUUCACUUUCACUGAUACAGAAGGCAACGGGUCCUGAUGCAGAGGAUUGUCACAACUCUGUAAUCUUCGGUGGAUUACUCACGUUAAUGUCUGCCGAAACUGGCUCAUUACCGAUGAAUGAUGAUGUCGUGAGCGACACUUCCUCCCCAACCCUGAACCCAGCCGGACCAGAGGGUAAUCAAAACUCCUCCACAUACCCCUGGCAGGGAUCCUCCACCACCGCUACUCCCCAAAUCCAACAUGACACUUCACUUUCACUGAUACAGAAGGCAACGGGUCCUGAUGCAGAGGAUUGUCACAACUCUGUAAUCUUCGGUGGAUUACUCACGUUAAUGUCUGCCGAAACUGGCUCAUGUAAACCUGUUGGUUUCUUGGUUUAA